AUGAAGCACGAGUCUCGGAAGUUCAUCGACCUCAUUCAAAACGUUUCAUCCAAGUGGGCCAACUGGGAUCCACCAAAACCGAUCAAUGUGGGCGACUAUGGAAAGAUCAUCAACGAAACUGGAGAAUUCGACUGGGAGGGGAACAUUUACACAUCAGGCAUUCUCGAUAUCGACAUGACGGAUCAAGCAUUAGUCCCUGUGGAAACGGAAGGGGACGACAAAUUUAUUGUCAAAUCGUGGGGUGUCACUACCAAGGAAGCCACACCUGCUGGAACCGCCACGACUGAUGCAGAGAAUGUCGCCCUCAGAAUCGAGUUUCAGUUCGAAGGUAGGAAACGAGCAGCUGCACUGGUCAUGUACAAGCCAAAAUACAUCAGCCUUCCCAAUAACGAUCGCCUCAUCGACCUGCUCAAGAACAGACCCGAUGUCCUCAAAGGGAAGUACAUCGUCACCGAAGUGAUGCGCUGUGAUGCGUAUAUGAUGUACAUGUCUACCAAUAAAGCGGAAUCUUUUUCUGUGACCCUGAACACCACCGGGCCUUCUGCGUCAGCUUUCACCUGGUGUGCGGAAACUACCUAUGGUCUUUACCGUGAAGGAAGCAACCCGACCACAAACUACAUGCCCUUGUACAGGCUUAAAAAGCCUCGUUCCAAGUUCUGGUGGCUUGUAGGUCAACGCGGAGAUGAGAUCAUUGACGAUUCGAUCCCGAAGUGGGAGGAUGUCGACCCUCCUUGGGACCCCCUCGACGAUGAGGGUGAAGAGGACCCAAUCUAUGAUGCAGAAAUGCAUGGUGACUUCGGCGUUUUCAAUGAUGGUUAUCCUGACAAUAACGAUGAUGAAUGGUGA